AUGCAAUUGCAUACCGCCACAUUUAUCGCCUCCUCAUUGUCGGGCAUUGCCCUUCUGUGCUCUCUUCUGGCUCUUGGCCAGAUCUUCAACAAUGUUCAGGAAUACUGGACUGAGUUGGACACCGAGAUCACUAACUUCAGACAAGAGACCGAUAAUAUGUGGAAAGACCUGGUUACGAUUGGAACCAACGCUGCUGCUAACAGACGUGGACGUCGUAAUGCUGGAUACACCGAGGGGUAUGCAGGAAACGCCGGAAGCUACUCCUCUCCAAGCGGCGCCGCUCCAGCUCACGAUUUCGGAGCUCAAGCUCCAGCUGGACCAGCUCCAUCAGGAGGAUCCUGCCAAUGCCAAUCUGCCUCUGAGAACAAGUGCCACGCUGGACCAGCCGGACCAAAGGGAGCCCCAGGAUCUCCAGGACCAAAUGGAGUUCCAGGACAAGACGGAAAGCCAGGACAAGACUCUUUGGAUGUUACCCCAGAACCACAAGACACUGGACUCUGCUACUACUGCCCAGGAGGACCACCAGGAGCUCCAGGACCAAACGGACACCCAGGACUUCGUGGAAUGAAGGGAGCCGAUGGAGCCCUCGGCCGCCCAGGACGCGACGGAAACCCAGGACACCCAGGAGAGAUGGGAGCCCCAGGACCACAAGGAAAGCAAGGACCAGAGGGACGCCCAGGAGAAAAGGGAGCCGAUGGACGCAAGCCAAUCGGACGCCCAGGACCGAAGGGACAACGUGGACCACAAGGAGAGCAAGGACCAGUUGGAGAGAACGGAAGAAACGGACCAGUUGGGCCAGCUGGACCAUCAGGACCACAAGGAGGAGCUGGAGGACCAGGAGAGAAGGGACUCGAUGGAGGACCAGGAUCCGAAGGAAAGGUUGGAAGACCAGGAAAGGAUGCCGAGUACUGCCCAUGCCCAGCCCGUGGUUCUCACGGAGGAGCCGGAGGACGCGGUGGAUCCGGCGGACACGGAGGAUCAGGAGCCUACGCUGCCGAUCACUACCAGAAGGCUUGA